AUGGCCGACAUCGAGCAGAAGUACGACCUCGACCACAAUGACGACGGCACCAGGAGCCCGACGAAGCUCGACUACAGCCAUGGAGAUGAGCCUCAGUUCACGAUGAUGCCGUCUGAGAUGCCGAGAUGGAGCAAGGACUCUUGGAUUCUCUACCUCUCGGUCUUCUGUGCUUGUUGCUGUGCCUUCGCCAAUGGUUACGACGGUUCGCUCAUGACUGGAAUGCUUGCCACUUUCGGCCUGAAGAAGACUACUGGCCCCGUUGUUUCCGUCAUUUUCUCGCUCUACACUGUCGGCUCCAUGCUUGCUGCUCCGUUCGCUGCUAUCAUGUCUGACCGCUACGGUCGUCGCAAGGCCAUGUUUGUGGGCGCGGUUGUGAUCUGCAUCGGCAUGAUCGUCAUGGUCACCUCGAAGCACGUUGCCCAGUUCGUUGUCGGCCGCUUCAUUCUUGGUGCCGCCAUCAGUCUUAUGACCGUUGCCGCUCCUGCCUACUCGAUGGAGGUCGCGCCUCCCAGCUGGCGCUCCAGGGCUACUGGUCUCUACAACUGCGGUUGGUUCGGUGGCUCGGUUCCUGCCGCGGCUAUCACCUUCGGUUGCUCGUACAUGGGCAGCAACCUCCAGUGGCAGAUCCCGGUCAUCCUCCAGGCUGUCUGCGCUGUGAUUGUCAUGUUCCUGGUCUUCAUCGUCCCCGAGUCUCCCCGUUACCUCAUGGCCAACGGCCGCGACGAGGAGGCGCUCGCUUUCCUCAUCCGCUUCCACGGCAACGGCAACCCCGACUCGCCCCUCGUCAAGUUUGAGUACGAGGAGAUGAAGAACGCCAUCUCCCUCGACGGCAUCGACAAGCGCUGGUGGGACUACCGCCCUCUGUUCCUGACCCGCGGCGGUCGCUGGCGCAUGGCCCAGGUCCUCAUGAUCUCCGUCUUCGGUCAGUUCUCUGGCAACGGUCUCGGUUACUUCAACACUGUCAUUUCCGAGAUGCUCGGUGUCAACACCGCCGCUGGCCAGCUCGGCUACAACCUCCUCAACCAGUGCAUCUCAGCCUUCUGCGCCAUCUCGGCCGCUACUGUCGCCGACCGCGUUCCUCGCCGCGCCAUUCUCCCUCUCGGUACCUUCAUCUGUGCCGUCUUCCUUGGCAUCAACGGUGGUCUUGCCGAGGUCAUGGGCAAGCAGACUGCGCGCGGUGAGGCUGUCGGUGACCCCACUCGCUACGUCUCUAAGGCUGUCGGCCAGGGUGCGCUCGCCAUGUACUUCCUCUUCAACUGCGCGUUCUCCACCACCUACACUCCUCUCCAGGGCAUCGUCCCGGUCGAGUCGCUCAGCACGACCAUGCGCGCCAAGGGUCUCGCUGCUUCCGGCUUCAUCGUCUCGGGCAUGGGCUUCAUCAACCAGUUCUGCAUGCCCAUCUCGCUCGAGAACAUCGGCUACCGCACCAUCUUCAUCUUCGUCGGCUGGGACUGCGUCGAGGCUGUCUGCUGGUACCUCUUCGGUGUCGAGUCGCAGGGCAAGACCCUCGAGGAGCUCGACUACAUCUAUGAGCAGCCCAACCCCGUCAAGGCUUCCAAGAAGCUCAGGAAGAUCACCGUCACCGACCAGGGUGUCAUCGCUCAGUAA